CAAGAAGCUAAGUCCAACAGUUCACGCGCGUCAAACAUUAACUCGACAAACGCGUGUCGCAACUCCUACAGCUUCAUGUAGACGCAAAUCUACAGACAACGCGGGAGAAGAAUGGCGACAGCAUGGUCUCUGCAUAUCUUCAAGAGACAGCAGCAUUUCUUUAACAAGGUGCAUUCAACAGGGCUGGCCAGAGGUUUUGCGAAUACAAGUGAUGAAGGCUGGUUGAGUUCCAUGUUUGCACACAAAGUGGAUGCCAGGAAAGAUGCCCACUCCAAUCUGCUCUCCAAGAAAGAAACCAGCAACCUCUAUGAGAUUCAGUUUCACAAUGUCAAACCAGAAUACAUGGAGGCAUACAAUAAAAUGUCGAAUGAGGUACAGAAAGAACUUCAUCGUGAUGCAGAUUAUCCGUGUGAAGUCGUUGGAAGUUGGAACACCUGGUACGGUGAACAGGAUCAGGCAGUGCAUCUCUGGAGGUAUUCUGGUGGAUAUCCUGCUCUUACAGAGUGUUUGCGUAAACUCAACAGCAAUAUGGCGUACCUUGCAUUUCGAAAAGAGAGGAGUGAAAUGUUGAUCUCCCGACACAACCAGCUUCUUCUGGAGUUUAGUUUCUGGAACGAGCCUCUGCCCAGAAGCGGCGCCAACAUUUAUGAACUGAGAACAUAUCAACUACUACCCGGAACUAUGAUCGAAUGGGGAAAUAAUUGGGCUCGAGCAAUCAAAUAUAGACAGGAAAACAAUGAAGCAGUGGGUGGCUUCUUCACACAGAUCGGUGAAUUGUAUGUUGUUCAUCAUUUAUGGGCCUAUAAAGACCUGCAGUCCAGACAAGAGACCAGAAAUGCUGCUUGGUUGAAAGAGGGCUGGGAUGUCAAUGUGCACUAUACAAUGCCUCUUAUCCGAAAGAUGGAAUCAAGAAUUAUGAUCCCCAUGGAACAUUCACCUCUGCAGUAAAAUCAAGUGUUUCACCUCUGAUGAUCCCAAAUACACAAUCCACCAGGAGAU